UCCGACAAUCGAAUCAUUCGAUACUUCUCAUUCGAUUGCGCUUGUUACUGCUUUCAAUUGUUCGUUGCUAUGGCUACAAGCCCGUUUUUGAAAUCGUUUAAGUGAGCAAAGGAGUAUAUCAUUGCUUUGUGUGCUAAUUGCUUGUUUUAUUAUCAUGCAGACAUCAUUUAUUCCUUGCUGAAAACAUAAAUAUUAAUACAUUAUGUCCGACGAAGAAGUGAACGAUUUAGAACUAGUUUCUGUUAUAGGUUUCGAGGGUGCCACAGUACAAGGUUUGAAUAUUCAUCCAGAUGGACUCCAUUUUGUUUAUCCUCUUGGCUGCAAAGUGGUGGUUCAGGAUUGGCAGACAAAAAGACAGAUUUUUCUUUCUGGACAUACCAAUGUUGUAUCGGCCAUUGCUGUUUCUCCAGAUGGCAAAUACAUUGCAUCUGGUCAGAUCAAUCACAUGGGAUUUAAGGCACUUGUUAUCUUGUGGAGCUUUGAAACCAGUCAGAUUUUGUCUAAGUAUGAUAUCCACAAGGUUCGUGUGGAGUCAGUCACCUUCACAUGUGACAGUAAACAUCUCAUAUCUCUGGGUGGUCGUGAUGAUAGCAAUAUUAUUGUGUGGAAUGUUGAAAAAGGAGAAGCUGUGUGUGGUGCCGUGGCAAAUUGCGGGACAUCAGGCAGUGCAGUCUUACUCUGCCGCACAAACCUACGUGGACACUGUUUCAUCACUGGGGGAGAAGGCACGUUGAGACUGUGGAAAGUCAUUCCUGACAGAAGACAGCUAGAGACAGUGGAUGUUAAAUUUGGACUCAUUAAGAGGCAUAUUAUCUGUAUAGUGAUUGAUGAAAUGGAUAUGUUUGCUUAUUGUGGUACAACAACAGGAGAUGUUGUGAAAGUUAAGCUUAACUAUGAUUCUGAUGUUAAUAUCUUGGAUCCAGUUACAAAUCCAGUUCUCCUUGGUUGUUUUGGAAAAUAUGUUGGAAGGAAGAAAUUGUUGGCAGGAGAAGAGCCUGCCAGGUACAGUCAGGGCGUAACUGCCCUCCAUCUAUGGUCUACUAAUACAAAAUGCCAAAUUAUUGUUGGAGGUGGGGAUGGAACUAUUGAACUAGUGAAGGAACUGGUUAACACUACAUUACCAGCACCCAGCGUUCUCCGCAAGGUCAAAAUGCCGUCUCUUCCGCAGUUAUUGGUACUAAAAUCUACUACUGUAAAUUCUGCGCCAACUUCACUGCAAAUGCUGCAUAUGACAAUUUUUGUGGGUACCAUGUUGAGUGAAAUCUUCACCAUUGAUGUAGAGACAUUUGAGGUGAAGCUACAUGUAACAUGCCACAAGCAUGCCAUCCAUGAUAUUGCUUUCCCACAUGAAUAUUCAGAGGUGUUUGCCACUUGUAGUAAGGAUGAUAUUAGAGUCUGGAGCACUGAAACUUCGUUGGAGCUGCUCCGCAUCACGGUUGCUAAUUUCACAUGCACUGGGAUACAAUUUACAUGUGAUGGAAAAUCCAUUAUAAGUGGUUGGAAUGACGGAGAGAUCCGAGCGUUCACACCUCAGACUGGGCGUCUCAUAUAUGAGAUUCACAAUGCACAUAGUAAAGGAGUAACUGCAAUAGCCAUUACAACUGGUGGUCAUCGCAUUGUCAGUGGCGGUGGUGAAGGACAAGUGAGAGUCUGGGAGAUUAAACCCACAUACCAGAAGCUGGAAGGCAUCCUGCAGGAACACAGAGGCCCGGUGUCCUGUAUCCGGAUAUCCAGCUCAGACACAGAAGCCAUCAGCGCAAGUUCAGAUGGAACAUGCGUAAUAUGGGACAUAGUGAGACUGACACGGAAGCACAGCCUGUUUGCCAACACUCAGUUUAUGGGUGUUUGCUACCAUCCGAGUGACCUUCAGGUAGUCACCACAGGAACUGACUGCAAAAUUGGUUACUGGGAGGUUUAUGAUGGUUCUUUGAUAAGGGAAAUAGAUGGUUCUACUUCCAGUGGGCUUAAUGCCAUUGAAAUCACCACAGAUGGAGAGCAUAUCUUAACAGGAGGAAAUGAUCAGUAUGUGAAGGUAUGGAACUACCACAAAGGCAUACCAACUCACAUAGGUACUGGCCAUGCCAGCGUAAUCACCGCUGUACGAUUCUCACCAGAUAAUCGUCACAUUAUCAGUGGCAGCUCUGAUGGAGGAAUAUUCCAAUGGAAAAGUCCAGUUGUUAAAAAAUGGUUGCAAGAGAGUCAGCAGUCUAGAAGCCAUUCCUCCAGAAGCACUCGUAGCAUAGGCAGCAAGCAAGGGGCAACAGAGCGGGAAGGAGAAGGAAGCAGUGGGCAAGUAGAAACACUGGAUAGUGCAAGAAGUGUGCAAGGCAGCAAAGGUGAUGGCACGGAAGAGAGGAAGCUUGGAGAGGUUUGCACAUAUGAAGAGGAGCAUGUUAACAGUGUCAGAAAUAUAAUCACUGAAGGCGGGGAAGGCACGCCAAAGAGUGGUAACACACCAAAAAGUAGCGGUACACCAAAGAGUGCUAACACGCCAAAAAGUAAUGGUACACCAAAGAGUGGUAACACACCAAAAAGUAACGGUACACCAAAGAGUGCUAACACACCAAAAAGUAAUGGUACACCAAAGAGUGGUAACACACCUAAAAGUAAUGGUACACCAAAGAGUGGUAACACACUAAAAAGUAAUGGUACACCAAAGAGUGGUAACACACCUAAAAGUAAUGGUACACCAAAAAGUAAUGAUACACCAAAGAGUGGUAACACACUAAAAAGUAAUGGUACACCAAAGAGUGGUAACACACUAAAAAAUAAUGGUGCUCCAAAGUAAGGUGCCUGCCAAAAGCCACUGACAUCAAAGAGUGGUGGUGUAUCAUCAAACAGUGAAGUCAGAAUAUUUCAAAGUCAGAAAAAUACUCUAUGAGACCAAAAGGAUAUAUAUUCUGUUUGAAAAUGUAACUAUGUACUUGAAAACAACGUUGCCGCUGCCAAGAGUGGAAAGAAAGCAACAAAAGUAUGCAUGACAGUGCAUAGAAUGUCAACUGUAGGAUCCUGUGUUUAUAAUCCCACGUCAGCUCCAUGUGCCUUGUGCUUUAAGAAUAGUACUGGACUGUUCAGUCUGGACUCAUGAAAGCUGUGGUACUCUCAGAGUUUGAGUGAAGCCAUAAAAAUUAAAUAAUGUCAAUCUCAUCUGCUUUCAUGGAGGUAAAACAUUCCUUUAUUUUUAUUAAAGUGAAAACUGUAACUAAAAAAUUGUAUUUA